AUUCAAAAAAGAAAAAAAAAACGAUUUACAGAUUGAAACGGACGCAUGCGAAACGGCCCUGGAGUUUAGAAGAAGAAAAAUGUGUUGGAUUGCCGAUUCAAUCGACUCAAUCAAGUCCAUUCAGAUCCGCCAGCUCCUCACUCAGACCGUCAGUCUUGAAUCCUAAACACUGCAAUCCCCAACUGUUCGUCGAAACUCCUCCAAGACUAGAAACCCCCGUUUACAGGGUAGUAUGGGCAAGAGAGGAGGGGCCAAAAGGGUACCAAAUUCGUCAUUUGGGUCUAACAAUGUCAUAACUCUGAGAGAAGAAACAACAGGGAAAAAACACCACCAUAAGAAAGGAGGGUCCUCUUCAACCAACGUCAAGCAUUUAUUGAAGGUUGAGCACUUGGAGAAGCUAGCGGUUUUGACUGGUGGGGAGGUUUCUAUGCCUUCCUUGGCUGCGUUCUUUGGCCGAAGAUUGGCUUCUGUUGGGGAGUCUUUGGGUGUUUCUCCUAACCCUUCUCUGUUUUCUUGCCGGAGAUGUGAAACAAUUCUUCAGCCUGGCUUCAAUUGCACAAUUAGAAUUGAGAAAAAUAAUGCAAAGGCACGGCGAAGAAGUAAGAACCACUUUACUUUUACUAAGAAUAUUGUGGUUCAUACUUGCCACUUCUGUUCAUAUAGGAAUUUCAUGGGAGGUACUCCAAAAGGACAUCUAAAACAGAUUUGCCCACCUAAGGUCAAAACCACUGAAAAAUCAAAAACCCCAAAAUCAAAUUCUCUUAACCCUUCCAGCUUAAAGGAGGCCGGUGAAGGUAAAGACGGGGUUGAGAAUUGGGGUGAGCCAGAUUUACUGCCAUUACCAGCAACAUCUGAAGAGUUUCCUAUUAGUCACAGUCCUGCAACACCUGUGGUGAAAACUGUGACCACUCUGUUGGAAGCAAAGAAGAGAAAGAGGAACAGAUCAGUGAAUAAGAAACAAUCUGAAUCUGAAAGUAGUUCUAACCCUACAAAUGGUGAAAAAUCGAUUACCGUGUCAAGUAAACGAAGGAAAAAAUCAUGGACUACUUUAAAGGAAAUUGCUGAUAGCAAAGAUCAGGCUAAGUACCAAGAGAUAGCUGAUUUGCCAAUUCCUUUUCUUUUGUAAUUGUUGUGACAUUCUAGGCAACAUUUUCGAAUUCUUCUGAAUUUCGUAGAGAAGAUUUUGAUGAAAUUUGACAAUUUAUCGUUUAGAUAGAAUAAGAAUGAUUCACUAAAGUUGUAUACAAGUUUUAGAUGAUUUUUUUUUUUUUUUUGAAA